AUGCCAACUAAGAAGCGCAGCAAUAUUGUUCUAGUUAUUUGUCCUCUAAAUUCAAUAGUUGAAGACCAACUGAAAAUCUUGAAGGAUAGAGGUAUCUCGGCUAAUGUACUUGUUGGAAGAAGCAAAGAUCGUAGCGAGAUUGAAAAGUUGUUCUCAUCGUCACCAGCUACUGAAGACAAAUCGUCCAACGAAAACCUUAGUCACCUUACUGAGGAAGACUAUCAAAUCCCGAACGACAUACUAAAUGGAGAAUGUUCGAUUGUAUUUGCCCACCCAGAAGCUCUAUUAAGCAAAGAAGGACGAAAAUUAAUGACAAGUCAAAUUUACCAAGACAAUGUUGUAGCUUGUGUAAUUGAUGAGGCACAUUGUGUUGAGCUAUGGGGCGAGGAGUUUCGAACAGACUUUAAAGACCUAUCCUCACUAAAAGCAUUCUUUCCAUUGGUUCCAACUAUUGCGCUGACAGCAACAGCUUCACCAGUAAUGUUGGAAAAGUUGAAAAAAAGUCUUCUGCUUGCCAGCUGCAAAAUUGUGUCUGUCAACCCAAACAGAAUGAAUAUAUACCUGGAAAAAAAGAUUCGACUUAGCAACAACGUGGGUAAUGAGAGUUAUAGAGCCAUUAUUGAACCAAUUGCUCAGGAGCUAGCAAUUAGAAGAGAGAAAUACCCAAUGACAAUUAUAUAUUUAAAGUUGAAAUAUUGUGGAUAUGCUUACUCUCUAUUUGAGAGAAUUCUGAAGGAUGACCAAUAUGUGGGGAACUCAAAAGAGCCAGCUGGGAGACUUUUUGCACAAUUCCACUCCCCACAAACUGACCGUAUGAAAAAGGAAAUCAUAAGAGAGAUAAAGAAAGAAGACUCAAGGUUUUGACAUGAUGUUUGUAAUGCAAAUAGCAACUUUCAAACUGGAGGAACAAUGACAAUGAUCAAAGUAUGUAUUGGUAAUAGUUUUGUUAACAGAUUAACAGAAAAAAAAUUUGUUAACAAAUUAACAGACAGCUUUGGGAAAACUAUGUAAAUU